UCAUAUUCAGCAAAGACUCGACCAGGUUCACAAUAAAUGUUCAGAGAGGGACUCGACAUAUCUGGGAUUGAUCCAUGAAAAAUUCCUCGGGAGUUACUCGUCCGGAUUUGCUCUCGAAUCCUCUAGAGUCUACAUCGAUAGAUUGACGCUUUACAUGCUUCCGCCAUCCUACUUUUCAUGAAGUGUCGUAGAAGAACAGGAGGAGUUGCGUCAUUAGCAGAUGGACUGUUUUGUUUUCAUUUGGUGAUUAUCAGAAUGAUAUUUUAAAUAAUCGUUGACAAAAUGGACCAUUCUACGCGCCAUAAUUCGGAAAGUGAAGUAGACGCAAUCGAAAACAAACAACCUUUGAAAAGGUUACAGAUUGCUUUACAUAGAAUCGUUAAAGUUUCGAUUCCAUUACAUCUUGAUUUACUCGGUAAACACAAAGAAAAUAUUGAAAAGUUUCAGAAUGAAGGACAAUGGAAUCUUGUACAUUCAGAGCAAGUAAAUGCUUCAAGGACUGUGCAACAAUUAAAGUCUGAUAUUUAUGAAUUAGAAACUGUUCGACAACAAGUGAAACCAGAAGAAUUAGCAGAAUUUGAUAAAAGAGUUGAAAAUAGUCGUACAAAAGCAUUGGAAGCUAUAGAUUCCUUUAUUGAAAUUCAUUCGUCAGUUGUUCAACCAUUUAAACCUCUUUUACUGGAUAACAAUGAUGCAAAGCCAGCACUUAUCAAACGUAGUCCAACUCCUCCAAUGGUAUCUCUUCCAGAAGAAUUUUUUAACCAAAAUCCAAUAAUACCUGAAGCAGAAGAAGCAGUUGAAACAGGUGAACAGAAGCUACAGUUGAAAAUUGAACCUCCAAAGAAUUCAUUAGCUUCUAGGUCAUGGAACACUUUGAAAUCUGAUCUCUUGGAAUUGAAUGCUUUAAUUCGUAAUUUUGCUCUGUUUGUCACACAUCAACAAGUAGCUAUCAACAGUAUUGAAUACAAUGUGGAGAGUGCACAUCAUAGUGUUAGAGAAGGCACGAAAAGUCUCGGAAAGGCAGCUGCCUUGAAAGCUGCGAUGCUACCAGUGACAGGAGCAGUAAUAGGUGGAAUUGUCGGAGGACCAAUUGGUCUUUUGGCUGGUUUCAAAUUGGCUGGUGUAGCAGGUUUAGUUAGCGGUGGAGUUUUAGGAUUUACUGGAGGUAAAUAUUUACAGAAGAAGAAAACUAAAGUUAGUGAUGUAGAAUUGCAAAAUUUAUCGUCAUCGUCCAUUCAAAGAUCCCAUUCAUCUCCCGACUUAAACAACGAAAUUUCUUAACAACUGGUUAUAGUUUUCAAUUUAUACUCUGUGUAUAAUUAUUUUGGACUGUUAUCAAGUAUGAUUAAAUUUUACAUAAAAGAUAAUCUCAUAUGUGUAAACUAUUCAAUGUAAAUACUUAAAUCUAUUUUUUUUAUUGGUUUUAUUUAUAAUUAUCCUUUCCCAUAUACUUAUCCCUAAAUUUAUACUGUAAAUUUCAUCUUAAUGGUAAUGUAUCUAUAGCUUGUUAAAUCAUACAGGCAUCCUGUAAAUAUCAAUUUUAUUAAUUUUUAAAAUUAAUUUAUUAUAGAAUGUAAGAAGUUUAGUAUUAUAAUGAAAAUUGUUUUCUUUUUAU